GUUUUUCUCGCUCCCAACCUCCACCACUCACCACUAAGCAGCCCUCACCAAACCGACCAGACUCACCACCCGCCCGCGUCGUCCCAACACCCUCACUCUUCCAUCACAACGCCAUCUCUUUCAUCCAUUCCGAGCGAUUUUUCUUGCUUGUAUGCCCUCGUUACCCUAUACCUCCCGCUUUCUGCGCGUAAAUCGGAUGUUGGCUGCCCGAGAUAGGCUCGAUGCUCCGUGACGAGCUGCUACAGUCCAAGCACGAUGAGAUCGCACGUUGUGUGUCGUCGCGGAAGCGCAAACUGAGCGAGCUCUAUUUUGCGACCGUGGGCUUUCCUGGUGCGACCGAUGGCUCCCCCCAACACCUCCAAUACCAGCAGAGGGAACAGGAGUUCCUCGACGCCAACGACAUUACGAAGGGUCGUUUGUUCAAUGAAGGCACCCUUCCUCGCCGACCGGAUGUCGCACCUCUCCAGGUUUCUCCAAGGGACGAUAAGCUCAACCAGGGAUCUCUAAGUGCAAGUGCAGCGGAUCGCAUUACGGAUAGCCAUAGACGUAAACCCAUCUUUUCGCCCGUUAGGAUCGCUGUCUCGUCUCCAAAGUUGCCUUCCACAGGUACCUAUACAGAAACGGGCUCUCAGGAUAUCUUUCGACCUCAGGAUCACACCCCAACUGGAACUACGGAGUCUGUGGCAGUCCAGGCCAGCUCUGGAGAAUUGGACAUACCGCAAAUAACACCCAGUGCGUCUCACGAUGCCAUACGUGAGAAGGAGGUUUCGUCACCUGCAUCAACUCAACAGACCAUCGCCGCUACUGUGACUCCUGUUACUGAUGUUGAUAUGGAUGAAGCCCCCGAUGGCCAGGACAAUACUGGUACUACCGAGGUACCCGCUCCAGAAAGCGACUUGCCUAUAGGCUCUAGGAAAACCGUGGCUGAGAUCCAGGAUAAUGCUACGGGUGCGUCGCUGCCCACUUCGGAUGCCCCUGAACGUCAGCAUGGGAAGCGCUCUGGCAAUGACUUGCCUUGUCUGGCUACCGAUGCAUCUCCCAAAAGUACUGACCAGCCUCUAUCUCCAGCUUCUUCUCGUGGUCAAUUAUCAAGUACUACCUCUGUAUCUGAUAGAACGCCAGCCACCAGUCCAGCGAAGGAGCAGCCGCAGCGAGAGCCACAAAAUGAAUCUACGACACCUCCCAACAGCGGAAGAAGUAUUCCAGUUCCCAUGGUUACCGCGGAUAUAUCAACUAUUCGUAGAGCGCCAGCAACGCCGGAUGAACAGCUGAAAUUUGAAGCUGAGCAAUCAAGCAUACAACAAGCUGCCUCAAAGCCAACCAAAAACGCUCCGUACACGGGCUCUGCGUUUUCAUCCUUCCAACUUACCCCAGAGAAUUCCUUUUCCUCUCCAAAGAAACCACCGGACAGUCAUAAUGAACCCGAUCUUUCCAAGUCAUCCAAAACUUCUGUUGCUCCCGAAAAUCGACCGUUAGUUAACGGUGCUCUUCGGCUCGAUACAGAGGGAGUUAAACCAGAGCCCGUAUCAAAAUCCCAUGAACCCCAAUCAGCACCAGUAACUCUUGAGCUGCCAGAAGGCGCAGGUGGCUCACCGCUCCCCAGUGCAACCCGAAAGACCUCGACCUCAAGCGCGCCUACGCAGCCUCACUUCCAGCCGGAGCGUAUGACUACCAGAGUUUCAUCAGGGGCCAUUCGCCAUAGGUCUGUCUCUGAAAUUCUAGGGGAAACUCCAAAAUCCGCUAUGGAUAAGACUUUUGAUAAGGCUGUAUCAGAAUCACCAACCGCCACGUCUGAAAACUCUCAGGUUCGUUCUCGCCCAAAGAACAAAAGAGAAAACCAAAAAGAGCGAAGCAAGCUCUCGACCGUAGUUUUCCCCAAGCAACAGUCUGCAGCUGAGAAGAACGAGUCGGCAGACUUGGUUCGGACUCCUUCAGGACAUACCAGGUCUCUGAAUGAAGAAAAGGAUUAUCUCUUCACGCUUUUCCAGGCAAAAGCCCACUAUCCUCCUCGCAGUAUGCACCUUAGCUCUCUCCUCUCUACCGCCCACAAAACCCUUACAACCGCAAACCACUUCGUUGAGUACCAAGAGCAGAUGGACUGUCGGUCACUAAAACGAAUAUACCAACUACAACAUGCCAAUCGAUGGCCCCUUCGUCAACUACAACGAUCUGCAGAACCCGAGCGCUCAGGAACUCACUGGGAUGUUCUACUGGAUCAUAUGAAAUGGAUGCGUACAGAUUUUAGAGAAGAACGGAAAUGGAAAAUCGCGGCUGCGAAGAGAUGUGCAGAUUGGUGCGCCGAAUACGUUAGUAGUAGUGAUGGACGGAGAGCGGAGCUGCGUAUACCAGCUCGAGUGCCACCAGCGACUAGUAAGAUAGAGGAAAGUGGCAACCACAAGACUACCCCAUCAUAUAGUGACGACCGAGUCGAUGACUCUCUACCCCAUUCGCAACCGACACCUGACCUAAUUUCGUCUAUGGAAGAUGAUUCUGUCAGCGAAGGUUUCAACGAUGAAGUCCAUCCAGAUCUGUCUGAUGGUGUUGUUCCGGCGGCAAUAUUUUCUCUCGGUUCCGAUGAAUUUACAUUUGGGAUGGAAAGGACCCCUGCUUUCGAAAAGAUCCUAGAAGAGCUCCCGCUUUAUAUUCCUAUCAACAUUUCCUCGGAAACCAAUUUACCGCAGUUUAAACGCCCACCGGACUCGUCCUGGCGAAAAGAGUUGUUAGCCGUUUCCAAAUAUGCCACGGGCAAACUUGAAUUCACCAGCAAGCAGCCACCUCGCAAACGAAGCCGAUAUGAUUACUCUGAUAAUGAUGAUGAUGUUGACGUUGAUGCCAUUGAAAUACCCCCUGAGCAAACUAAUGUUGCCCUCUUCCAGCCGCAAAAUAAGCAUAUACGUGAUCGUAUCCAUCCUGGGCAGGUUUUCCGACCUCCUACCGAGUUCCUGAUGCCCUCCCUAGGUUUUUAUGAGUCGCGACAACCUUCACAGUGGACAUGCGCCGAAGAGGACGAGCUUAAGAGGAUCGUCAAAGAGUACUCGUUUAAUUGGUCCCUCAUAUCGGCCUGCCUGACUCCCCCCUCGCUAUAUACGUCGGGCGCGGAUAGGCGGACCCCGUGGGAGUGUUUUGAAAAGUGGGUUCAGUUAGAAGGGCUUCCCACAGAGAUGCUGAAGACCCCCUACUUUAGAGCGUACACUUCUAGAGUGGAGUCGGCGCAGCGGGCUGUCCUUGCAGCUCAGCAGCAGCAGCAACAGCAGGCACAAGCGCAAGUUCAGGCUCAGGCGCAGGCGAACCCCCAGCGACAGGGUAGCAAUCCACCGCCAACACCAACAGCAAUUCUUCGGAGACGGCCUACAACCCCAAUGAGAGUAGAACGGAAACGAUCCGUAAGACACUUGACACUCCUUGAUUGCAUGAGGAAAUUAUCCAAGAAACGGGAAACAUUGCUUCAGAAGCAGCAGCAUGCUACCCAUUUGGCAGCAUCGCGAAAGCUUAACGAAGUCAAUCAACCACGACCUCCAAUAUCGACGCCGGCAGAGUUCAGUCGCUUAAAGCAUGAGCGGGAGCUGAAGAUCCAAGAGAACCAGGAGCAAUACAAGCAGGCAAUGAUAGCACAGCGAAUGGCAAUGGCGCACCGUGUUGCACAACAACAGCAGGCACAACAUCAGCAACAACAGCAACAGCUCCAACAACAGCAGCAACACCGGCAAAUGCCGAACCAGCAAGCUUUGCUUAAUGGUAUACCUCCACGUAAUACUGCUAGUGCGCCUCCGAAUGGUGUUAUGCAGGGCAUACCAGCCCCGUCUGGUCUUCCUAACGGUCUACCAGUCAGUGCGGCUCUGGCUCAAUCCCGACCCCAUCCCGGCAUGCAGCUGCCAACUGGUGCUCAGGUCAAUGGAAUGCCAAAUCCUGGAAUGGGACUAAAGAUGAUUCCCCAACCUGGUAUCCCGCAGGCGAUGAAUGGACGCCCAGGUAUACAAACCCAAGCGUCUUCGGACAAUGCACGUAUCAUCCGUGAAGCCAGUCGCGUGCAAGAGGAGCAGCAACGUAUGGUACAGUCACGUCAGCAGCAGCUUCAAAACCAACAACAGUCAUUCAUUCCUCAAGGGCCACAUUCGUCCCCGAACAUGAGCAUGGGAAAUAUGAACGUGAAUCCCAAUAAUCCCGCAAUGCUAACAUUCCAAGCCGUGAGCGGCGUCAACAGCCCUUCUUUCCACGCCUCCUCUCUUGCCCAGGGUGUCUCUACCGCCUCUCCCCGACUCAACCAUGCCAACGUUCUCGCAAACGCAGCUGCCGGGCUCCCGACUCUUGUCAGCAUCCAAAAUACCAUCCGGAGAACCAACCCAAACAUGUCACAGGAGCAAAUCACCAAACUAGCCACCGAACGUCUCCAACACAUCCAACAACAGCGCAUGUCCCAAGCAGCCAUGAACGCAGCCGCCGGCAACACCAUGGGCUCCAUGCAAACUAGCUACCAAAUGCACCAUGAUGGCAACAUGCACCAACUCUCGCACGCGAACGUGCCGAACGGCGGCGUGCCAGCUUCGAUGCAGACACUCCAGCAGACACAGGGAUACUCGCCCUUGAUGCGCGUAACGCAAACUGUGCAGCAGCCGAACCGGAUGGGUGUAAAUGGAUCGCCGGCGAUGAAUGCGGCCAUGGCUGUGCAGCAGGGUCGAAGUGCGACCGCACAGGCUCAUCGGAGUACAGGUGGCCAGGGUGGGCAUGGGCCUGGCCCGGUUCCGGGUCCGGGACCUAGUCCCGGCGGGGUUUCGGGUUCUGGACAAGGUUCUGGUGUCGGUCCUGGUCCGGGGAAGAGCCCUCGCCCGCCUCAGGCGCAGAUGGCAUCGAGCUGAAUGAAUUAUUGAUGUUCUUUAGAAAAGAAGCAUUAUCUCCCUUCCCAGAAUCGUUGGGUCGUGAUGGCCGGGGUUUUCAUACAUACCUUCAUAUCUACCUACCUACCUCAUAUAUCUCGUUUUCUCCACUCUAACCCUCACCCCCAGUCACAUAGAUCUUUCUCCCACAUUCUUGUACAUAUAAUUAACGAGGGUACCUUUGUUUCCCCGCGCUACGCCCCCUGCUAUCCCCGCCAACUAAAAAAAUCCCUCCACAACCACCCUUGCCUCGUUGAUAUUCUUCUUUUCAACUCUUUUCCCUUUUAUCUCGAUUUACUUUUUAUAAUUAUGCGCCGUUGAAAGGGAAGCAGGCGAGCCGGAAUUGUUUCUUUUUCUUCUUUUUAGUUUUUCUCAAAGGGCUAGGUUAGGUAUGAUAUCUUAUUAUUGGGUGGUGGGCUUUGUCUACGCGUUUUGAUUUUCAUUUUGUUUUACUAUACUAUUUGUCUUAGUUUUAAGUCAUCUUUUCAUCCUACUUCUACUCCUACUCCUGCUCUUCUCUUCUCUUCUCUUCUCAUUUUUUAUUGUUUGUUAUUUUGUGCGUGGCUCUUAUGACAGUCUUGUAUUUGUAUUGAUAGAAGGCCCUUUCUAUGGUUCCUUUUUUCCCCUUCAUUGUGAAGGCAUGUGAGGUGAGGCAGGUUGUGUUCCGCCCAUAACAUGUUCUCUUUUCUAAUGGUUUGGAUUCAUUGCAUCGCUUAGGGGUAUGGAUGGGUGGUUGAUGGAGGGGAGAGGGGUGGAGGUUGGCGGGGUAAAUGAAAUGAUUGAGGCAUGAGAGAGGUAGGGGAAGCGAGAGUAGUAAUGCGAUGAUUGACAGGAUUGAUGUGACGUGGACCUGAAAUAAAAACCUCGUCUUUUGCUACGUGGUGCAUUUUUGCUUGGUUUUGAUGUUUCUGCUACAUAAUUUUUUGCAAGUUUCCCCGCAUCCCAAAAAGCAUUGCUCAUGGUGUAGUAUGUUAAGAGCCGGAGGCUGAAAUAGAAUAAUCUAAAUGCGGAGAAAGGGGGUUCACGCAAUGGGAAGUGUAUAGCUAGCGAUUUUGCAAUUUUUUAAUUACUGGAGGCCUGGAAAUAAUCGAUAUUUUGUCUGA